CUCGGUUCAAUGAGAAGUUUUGUUCUCACGCGUAUAAAGCAUCGAAACAUGAGUGUUUCGAACAUAAAACAAUUUUUCGAGUAAUUUUAUCGCACUCAUUUAUCAGAGAAUCGUAAGUUUUGUAUCACAGUGACGUUGCUGAAAAGCAGGCAAAUGAAACAAUCAGUCCAAUUUCGUACCGAGUGAAGUGCGAGAUCAUGCUGCGUUGCAUCUUCUUACUGAUCACGUGCAUAUACACAGCGCGAAGUAUUCCUUGUGUACAUCGCGAUUUUGGAAACAACGGAACAGUCUGUGUAUGCAACGCUACUUAUUGCGACAGCACUCCCGUAUCCGAGGUUCUAGACAUUGGUUUCUACAUCCGUUACUCAUCAAGUGAAAACGGCUUGAGGCUUGACGAAACGCGUGGCGUUUUCAGGAAAGAAUGCAGUCUUGCUGAUGCAGAUGGUUUUCAACUAGACCUCGGUACUACCUUCCAACCAAUUCAUGGCUUCGGAGGCGCGUUUACUGACGCAGCGAGCUUCAACAUAAGAACAUUGAGCCCUGGGGCUCAGGAAAAUUUAUUAAGGACAUACUUCAGCAAGGAAGGUAGUAAUUACAAUUUAGGACGUGUACCAAUUGGCGGAACUGACUUUUCUAAAAGGCCAUACACGUACGAUGAUCACGAAGGUGAUGUGCUACUGAAAAAUUUCAGUCUAGCAAACGAAGACUUACUCUACAAAAUUCCAUUGAUGAAGAAAGCUUUAGAAAUUAAUCCGGAAGUUAAAUUUUUUGCGGCAGCAUGGACUGCUCCACCCUGGAUGAGAACAAAUCACAAUUACACAGGUUACGGAUUUUUGAAAAGAAAAUACUAUCAGGUAUACGCCGACUAUCUAGUGGAAUUCUUGAACAAGUACGGAGACCAUGGGCUGGAAAUGUGGGCUAUGUCAACGGGUAACGAACCCUAUAUUGGUACCCAAAGCUUAUCUAACUAUGGAAGUAUGGUUUGGUUACCAAAAAACCUCGGCAAGUGGAUAGCGAACAAUCUUGGACCGACUAUCAGCAAAUCAAAGCAUAACAAAACUGUGAUUCUUGCUUACGACGACUCAAGAUCGCGCCUGGAUCCGUUCCUCAAUGAUAUUUUUAAAAACAAAUUAGCAACGAAUUAUACAGCCGGUAUUGCUAUCCACGCGUACGAGGACGCCACGUUUUCCGCAAGCGUAUUAGGCGAAAUCCGUCAAAAGUAUCCAGGAAAGUUUCUCAUCAUGACCGAGUUUUCCGCGGGGAAUCCACAAAAAGACACUGGACUCGUUGCUUCGGCAUCUUGGCAACUGGCAGAAAUAUACAUAUUGAACAUAAUUGAAAAUUUGAAAAACUGGGUAACUGGUUGGGUGGACUGGAAUCUCGCUCUUGACAAAUAUGGCGGACCAAAUUGGAGACAAAACUUUGCGAAUGCCCCGAUUAUUGUGAACUCGGAAGCUGACGAAUUUUACAAGCAGCCAACGUAUUACGCCAUUACGCACUUCAGCAAGUUUAUUCCACCAGGUUCUGUGAGGGUGGGAUUUGUUCACGGAAAGAAACCAGUAGAGGCUGUAGCUUUCAAGACACCGAAAAACGAGAUCAUUGUUGUGAUGUAUAACAAAGGUAUAGCAGACCAAAGCGUGACUAUCUAUGAUCCAAGGAGAGGACAGGUCCGUUUACAGUUGCCACCAAAAUCAAUUCACACCAUUCUAUACAAAUAAUGCGCAUUGGAAGAAAU